ACACGGUGUCAGCGAAAAUUCCGGCGAACAACAAAGCAAAACAAAAAUCGACUGAAAUUCGACUGACAGUCACGAAGCGGUUGCUAAAUAAAAAUCUCUCGAAAAUAACGUUUACGAUUUCACCAAGUCAGCGUAUAAAGCUGAGAGCUCAACGUAAAUGCACAACCAAAAUCCAAUUGGAGUCGGACCAAGUCAAAGCAUAGAUAAUAAUGAUACGGAAUAAACACAAUAUGAGUUUACUAAUGGUGCUGCUGAUUGCCCAAGUAUCUUUAUCCGUAUCCGCUAGUGUGACGUCCACAACUCCAACAUCGUUAUCUUCGAUCUCCAGCUCCACAUCCCGUUAUGGCAAUCCGCUGGUGGAGCACAAGCACGAGCGGAAUUGUAAGGCGCUCUGUGAGCAUUGCGGCUGUCUGGGAUUCUACUGCGGGGAGGAGUGCAUCUGCGAGUGCAACAAUGACAACUCGGACACGGAAUGCAUUCAGACCAUGCAGUUGAAUGCUCGCACACUGAAUGCACCCUUCGAGAUCCUUAUCCAGGGACCAAGCAGCAAUCGCUUUGUGCGCAAUGCCCGCCAGUUCGAGCAGAAGCGGAAACUGGUUGCCCGUAGUGGAGAUUCGGAGAAUAAAACCACACGUAAUCGUCGCUCCACAAUUACCAUCUAUGAACCAUUGUUGGCAUUGGGAUUAAAGCGUCCCGCUCUCUCAUUAAACGCCUUGGAUACACCAACGUCGGGUGUCAAGAAAUCGGAGCUGGCGCGUCAUAAGCGUUCCGUGGAUCAUCUGGAAUGGUUCAAUGACUUUGCCAGCACAUUGGUGCGUCCAUCGCCACUGGGAACACGUGCCCAGCAGCAGCGUGAGCGAGCAGCUGCCUUUAAGCGCCAAGCAGCCACUGCAGUUCCCAUGCCAAGACCUCAUCGAGAGCCAUGGUUCUUGGAGCAAGCUGCUCCUCACAAGCUGACGCGUCCGGCGCCGCUUUACAGGCGUCAGCAGCAGCAGGAAGACAACGAGCGUGUCAGGAAAUCUAAAAAGAGCAGAGUAAUUAAACCUGUUUCGAUUGAAGAGGAUGUGGAAGUGGAGGAACCAAAGCCUCAACAGGAGAUUCGACCGCUUCGAGAUGCUCUGCAGGUUGUGGAGCGCAUUCCUCGCGUGCUGCAGGACACGGUGAGUCACUUAGCUGCCGAUAACAACAGUGGCGAUGUCUUCAGCUUGAACAUCAUGAACGAUGUCCUGCCCAAAUCCAUGGAGCGCAAAGAGCCCAAGAAGAAACUGAAGCGUCGCCUCAGCGUCAGAAAUCGAGUUAUCGAUAGAAAUAAUGAUAAUGAUAAUGAUAACGAUAGAGAGGAUGUCGCACGAUCUGCAAUUACCGUUACGCGUGCACCACUUGUCGUGCCCCCACCCCCACUAGCACCCCGUGGUCUUCUUUUGCCUUGGCUGCGGCAGCAGCGUUUGAAGCGGAUGCGCGGAGAGCAGUAAAACAUUAAUCUUUAAACGUGUACAAAUUGUAUAAUUGUGCUACAUAUAUUUUUAAGGACACUGUAAA